GCACGACCGGAAACGCUAAGCUAUUAGCUACGUAAUGCUAGCUCCUUUCUACUGCUGCUGCUGCAUCUUCCUCUUCAGCCAAACACUAAACACAAGAAGCCGCUUCUCCUCGACUCGCAAUAAGUCGUCGGUCCUGUUCCUGUUAUUUGUUUAAGUAAUGUAGAAUGGCGUCGGCCUUUGGGAAGAUUGUGGUCGGCACUUAUGUGGAGAUAAAGCGCAGUGAUGGACGUAUACACCAGGCGAUGGUGACCUCGCUGAAUGAGGACAACGAGAGUGUCACAGUGGAGUGGAUAGAAAAUGGAGACACAAAAGGGAAAGAAAUUGACUUGGAGAGUAUAUUUGCACUUAACCCAGAUGUGGCUCCAGAUGAAGAGAUUGCCCCUAGUCCAGAGACUCCACCCCCACCAACACCCACAUGUGUGAAGAUCAACAAAAUUGCAAAGAACCGUCGGACGAUAGCACCAAAUAAGAAUGACACUCCGUCCAAGGAUAAUAGAGUGAUUCCGACCCGGGCAAGACCCCAGCAGCCUCCGCAACCAGAGCAGGCGCCACCGCCUCCAUCACAGCAGCCUGCUCAGCUCAAUCAAGCUCAGACUCAACAGCAACUACAGAAUGAGUCCUCACAUCACCUGAUAUCCAGAAAGGAGUCUGGACAGCUUUCGAGGAGGAAGUCGAACUGUGUGAAAGAGGUGGAGAAACUGCAGGAGAAGAGAGAGAGGCGUCGGCUUCAGCAACAGGAGCUCAGGGAGAAGAGAGCUCAGGAGGUGGAUACGACCAUUCCUAACUAUGAGAUCAUGUACAUGAUCCGAGAGUUCCGAGCCAAUCUAGACUACCGGCCACUGACCACAGCAGAUUUGAUUGAAGAGCACAGAAUAUGUGUUUGUGUCAGGAAACGUCCACUCAACAAAAAAGAAUUGUCAAUGAAGGAUUUGGAUGUGAUCACCAUCCCCAGUAAAGAUGUGGUGAUGGUGCAUGAACCUAAACAAAAGGUGGACUUGACUCGCUUCCUGGAAAACCAGACAUUCCGCUUUGACUACGCUUUUGAUGACAGCACCACCAACGAGAUGGUUUACAGGUUCACUGCCAGACCCCUAGUGGAGACCAUCUUUGAGAGAGGCAUGGCCACUUGCUUUGCCUACGGACAGACAGGCAGCGGAAAAACACAUACUAUGGGUGGAGAUUUCUCUGGGAAGAACCAAGACUGCUCUAAAGGAAUUUAUGCACUAGCUGCUCGGGAUGUAUUUCUCAUGUUGAAGAAACCCAACUACAAGAAAUUAGAUCUACAAGUGUAUGCAACCUUCUUUGAAAUCUACAGUGGAAAGGUGUUUGACCUGCUGAAUCGUAAAGCCAAGCUGAGGGUGCUGGAGGAUGGAAAACAGCAGGUGCAAGUUUUGGGGCUUCAGGAGAAGGAGGUGAAGUGCACAGAGGACGUCCUGAAACUGAUAGAAGUGGGCAACAGCUGCAGAACAUCAGGGCAGACGUCAGCCAACGCUCAUUCAUCUCGCAGCCACGCCGUAUUCCAGAUAAUUCUUCGGAGGAAGGGGAAGAUGCAUGGCAAGUUCUCCCUCAUCGACCUCGCGGGAAACGAGAGGGGGGCUGACACGUCGAGUGCUGACCGCCAGACACGUCUGGAGGGAGCUGAGAUUAACAAAAGCCUUCUGGCGCUGAAGGAGUGCAUCAGGGCUCUUGGCCGCAACAAGCCCCACACUCCCUUUAGAGCCAGUAAGCUGACCCAGGUCCUUAGAGACUCCUUCAUUGGGGAAAAUUCACGCACAUGCAUGAUUGCAACAAUCUCUCCCGGUAUGACAUCCUGUGAAAAUACACUCAACACACUACGCUACGCCAACAGAGUGAAGGAGUUUGGGAUUAGUCCGUCGGACAUCCCCUUCUCCCAGGGCGGCCAGGGGAGCCGCCCUGACCUUUCGCCCACCAAUACCUUUGAGUACGAUGACUUUGCUGCUACCUCUCCCAGCAGAGUCAAGGAGCUGACUGUGGACCCCAACCAAGUGAUUGAGGGCGGUCGUCCUAACAUCAACGCUGUCAAUCAGCUGGAUCUUUUAGACGAGCAGUGGCUGAGUAUCUCGCCACAGAGAGACGACCUCAAACUGCUCUGUGAGCAGAAUGAGGAGGAGGUGUCUCCCCAGCUAUUUACCUUCCAUGAGGCCGUGUCUCAGUUAGUGGAGAUGGAGGACCAGGUCCUGGAGGACCACCGAGCUGUUUUCCAGGAGUCGAUCCGCUGGCUUGAGGAUGAAAAGGUGCUGCUGGAGAUGACAGAGGAGGUGGAUUAUGAUGUGGAAUCGUACGCCACUCAGCUGGAGCAGAUCCUAGACCAGAAAAUAGAAAUCCUCACCGAGCUCCGAGAUAAAGUGAAGUCAUUCCGCUCUACUCUCCAGGAGGAGGAGCAGGCCAGUAAGCAGAUCAAUCCCAAGAGGCCACGUGCUCUUUAGUGACUGGAGGCUGAAGAGAUUGAAGUGGCACAUACAGAAAAGUAACCACUAGAUGUUUGGCACAACUCCUGCUGUCAAGAGCAGCCUUGAGAAAACAUUAAAAAAGGACUUUCUGAUAUAUCGACAGGCUCAAGGAUUCUUAUUUGUCAUGAUCCCUCUCCUGUAACAGAACUGGCUCCUCACUCAUUAUGGUCUUGUAAGAAAACUCAGCAAGGAAAAUAGUUUUUCCUUCUUUUUCAUGAAGAAUGUUUUAGUUUCCUCUCCCCCAUCUUAUUUAAUUAUUUUCUUUUAUACUUCUUUGUACUUUCUUUGAACAGAAUAUUUUUUUUGACCUGGCUGAAGAGAUCUCCAUCAGUCAUGUUUUUAAGGUUUACUGCAGAAAACCAGUAUUUAAUAUGUGGUUUCCCCUGGCUGACAUUUCUGCAUGUGCACUCAGUGAUAGCGUAUGUACACCACUGUGCUCAGAUUUCAUGCUUUGACUCCUCAGUUGGAAAGACAUAUCUCAUAAGCGAUCUCUUCUUUCAUUUCCUUCCUUCUGCAGUGUCAGGCUAAUUCCCAUUUGUGUUUCCUUCCUUGUGUCCCUGAGGUUUUUUUUACACGUAGUAAUCUUCAGUUUGUACCAUUGCAUUCUAUCUGGUAACUGACUUAAAACAUUCUUACUUAAUGUAAAACAUGUUUUCCACCCCUGUUUAACACUUUGUUAUAAAAACUAAACUAGAAAAACCUGCUAUUAAUAAAUGAAUAGUGAUGACUCCUGACCUAACAUUGGUUAUAUUGCUCAGUGUUUGCACUGGAUGUAAUGCUGGAUGAAGUAAUAAAAGAUUCCCUUCAUUUUAAA